CCAGGUUUGGUUAAUGUUGACUUUGCAGAUGUGCGAGCUAUCAUGGAAAAUGCAGGGUCAUUUCUAAUGGGAAUAGGAAUUGCAACUGGCAAGACCAGGGCAAGAGAUGCUGCAUUGAAUGCCAUUCAAUCACCUUUAUUAGAUAUUGGUAUAGAAAGAGCUACUGGGAUAGUCUGGAACAUAACUGGAGGAAGCGAUCUCACUCUAUAUGAGGUAGGUUUUUAUUCAUUAUUUCAACUUACUGGGAAUUCAUGCACAUUAAUAUGGGGCCAUAAGCGAGGCUGUCUAACUUUUGUAUGUUGUCACAUGGAUCCCAAGAAUCAUAUGCUUGAGACCAACAGGAGAUGCAAAAUGCAUUGUUUCCUCGUGUUGAUAAAUUUGCAAAAGUUUUCAUUCUUCUUAGAAUUUAAUGGCAAUAAAUUUUUGAAAUUGUUUAGUCAAGAUGAUUUUUGUAUUGAUGCUUUCAAUAAAUGA